GCCGGCUGCUCGGGGCCGUUGCGCUGCGAGGAGCGACCGCGCAGGAUCCCAGCCAGUGCAAACUGAGUGCUUCUGCCUGAGGUCAUGCAGAGAACAUCACGUCUGAAGCGAGAGCUGAGCCUGCUGGCCGCAGAGCCACCCCCGGGCAUCACGUGCUGGCAGGACGGGGACCGGAUGGAAGACCUGCGAGCACAGAUACUCGGUGGAGCCAACACACCUUAUGAAAAAGGUGUUUUCAAGCUGGAAGUUCACAUUCCAGAGAGGUACCCGUUUGAACCUCCUCAGAUCCGGUUUCUGACUCCAAUCUAUCACCCCAACAUCGACGCUGCUGGACGGAUUUGUCUAGACGUUCUCAAGUUGCCACCAAAAGGUGCCUGGAGACCAUCCCUCAACAUUGCAACCCUGCUGACUUCCGUUCAGCAGCUCAUGGCCGAGCCCAACCCGGAUGACCCGCUCAUGGCUGACAUUUCCUCAGAGUUUAAAUACAACAAGCCAGUCUUCCUCAAGAACGCCAGGCAGUGGACAGAGAAGCACGCACGGCAGAAGGCAGGCGAGGAAGGGCCGCCUGGCAGCCUCCCCGAGGUGGGCGGCUCAGAGGGACCCAGCACCGCGCAGAAGAGGAAGGCCGGGCAGCUGAGCGGCGGUGGAAAGAGGCUUUGCCCUGACGUUUAGGGAUUGUCCUGGCCCGUCUUUGCCGGGAUGGCCCACGUUGCCUCCAUUUCUGAAACGUUUGCUUUGUAUGUGAUGACGUGGUCAUUUCUGCGUCCUGUGAAACAGACCUUGUACGUUCAUGUGUUCUGCUCUGCGUUGAUUCUCUGAGAGUUAUUUUAUUUACCUUGUGCGUAUUGAUUUUAAAACUUGUAA